CAACAGUCUAACCCCGUAGACUGCUGCUCGCGGCAUAUACUUCAAAUGUUACUCCGGUCUUGCACGGUCAUAUGCUCAUCACCAUCGUCCCUCGUGUUGAACUUUGGAUCUCACGUUGUGCUCCAGCGAGCCACCCAUAAUGCCAAGGCGUGUAUUCUUCCGAAGGAACGGCCAAUCUGGAUGAGGACGAGGCUGAGGGAGGGAGUACUAGUCGAACUUAGUAUCCACCGCUCGAAUGAUACGCGCGAAAAAGAAACGGGGAGACGAGUGCGAUCCCAUCGGCUGCGACUCGCGUCUGUAACCAUGUUUCUUUGCAUCCCUUUGUUUCAAUAUCUACUGCGCUGGCGCGAUUGCUUGCAGUCAGCCGAUGCGUAAAUUUGCCAGCGUCCGCGUGCUAGUGGAGAUCGCUAGCAGCAGCCCAAACCUCUUUCUUUCUGAGGCCCAGUGGAACGAGCUCCUAUUCGUCCGAUGAGUGCAGCCGCGCUCCAUUCUUCUCACCCCUUGGCGUUCAGCUGCCGUUCUUAUAAGGAGGAAGUACGACUUCAAGUGGCGACGU